AUGAAGCUUUUUAUGACUCUGCCCUUGGCCUUCACUGCACUGGUGAUCAGCACCCCAACCAAACUAGGCAGCCGAUCCGAUCUGGGCAAAGUGCAAGACGCACUUGAAGCUCGUCAAGGCAGUCUAGUUCAAACAUUGGUAUCACCUCCACCAGCAGCAGCACCUACACCAGCACCUGCCUGCACCUGUCCUAAGAUUCUCGGACGUUGCAUCGUGGAUGCUUCUUGUAAUUUUAUCGUUGUAUGGAGUUCUCUAUCGUUUUAUGUAGAGCUUAAGCUCGACCGAUAUAUUCAAGUUAGAUUGAAAAUCUCUUUAUAA